AUGAUGAACGGUCGCGCCGUGCGCUCCGUUCUGAUACGGGGCAACCGAGGAGAAAACGGAUCCGUUGAACACGUACCUCGAUCUGUACAGUUUGAUGAAAGUUCGGAAGAAUAUCGCUGCCUGUGUAACUGCUUCCAUGUAAAAAUUGGUGCCUACCUCAUUGGGGCCGUUCAUGUCUUCAUGAUCCUAUUUUUCCUGAUUCAUUCUCUUCUUGUAUACUUCCAACAUGACGGCAGAUUACAAGAUGCCCGAGGAGUCAAAGAGAAUUACGUAUUUGCAUCGUUCCUUGCCGAAAUGAUCGGCUUGGGACUGGGAGCCUUUGUUGUUUUCCUCCUAUUUAUUGGUCUUUCACGAAAUCAAGCUUUGCUGCUCGUUCCACAUAUUGCUGUGCAGGUGAUUGCGAUAAUAUGCUUCGCAUUGGUAUUAGUUAGUGGAUUGAUAGCAAUAACAACCGACUCAGCCGUCUUCUACAGGCUGAUCAACGCCGCUCCCUUCAUGGAACAUCCUGUACACAACACAGUCGCUUUAGAUGCAGGCACCAUGGUACGUAUCUAUUCGAUAUUGAUAGUCUACUUAAUUUCCUUAUUCCUCGAAGUAUGGUUCGUCAUUGUGAUUUACAACUGUAAUCGAUACCUGGAUGAACGAAGUACCUACAUGAAAUACUGCCUUGCUUUCAGUACUCCCAUGAAAACAUUGUCUACUAGGUGA